AUGUCAUCCGAGAUCGAGGUCGUCGACGAGGUUCUUUUACGCGACCAACAAUCCACUCCGUCGUCUUCCGCCGCUGAAGUCUCCGAAGAUAGUCUCCGGAACGACGUUUAUACUGCCGCGGCUUAUGGGGAUUUGGAGAAGCUACAUAGAUUGGUGGAGCUAGAGGGGUGUCUCGUUACCGAGCCUGAUGGUUUGGGUUACUACGCGCUUCAGUGGGCGGCACUCAAUAACCGAACUGCCGCUGCUCAGUACAUCAUUGAGCAUGGCGGAGAUAUAAAUGCAACAGAUCAUACUGGUCAGACAGCCUUGCAUUGGAGUGCGGUACGGGGUGCUAUUCAGGUUGCAGAGCUUUUACUUCAAGAGGGCGCACGAGUGAAUUCAGCUGACAUGAAUGGGUAUCAGACAACACAUGUUGCUGCUCAAUAUGGUCAGACGGCUUUCCUUUACUAUGUUGUUUCAAAAUGGAAUGCUGACCCUGACGUUCCUGAUAAUGAUGGAAGAAGCCCCCUGCAUUGGGCUGCUUACAAAGGUUUUGCUGAUUCUAUACGUCUUCUGUUAUUUCUUGAUGGACAUCGGGGGCGUCAGGAUAAAGAGGGUUGCACUCCUCUCCAUUGGGCUGCUAUUCGAGGUAACUUGGAGGCCUGUACUGUGUUAGUACAGGCUGGCAAAAAGGAAGACCUGGUGAUGACCGAAAAUACUGGCCUUACACCAGCACAGCUUGCUUCUGAUAAGAAUCAUAGACAAGUUGCUUUUUUCCUUGGAAAUGCCCGAAGGCUGCUUGACAAACGCUUUGACGCUAACAGCCGCCUUGGAAAGAUAUCUAAGUUAGGACUUGCUCCUGUACUUUGGUGCAUAAUUUUUGUGCUAUUGGUCACCUAUAUUCAUUCAGUCAUCUUGGCAACAAAUAUGCCAAAGCUGACAGCUGCAUCUGGGCUUUUUGCAUGGUUUGGAGUGGUACUUGCUACUGUUGGAUUGGUGACGUUUUAUAGAUGUAGCAGCAAGGAUCCGGGUUAUAUCAGAACGAAUGGGCAUGACACCCAGAGUACAAAGGACGAUGAGCCUCUUUUGAAGAUUGAGAUAAAUAAUCCUGCUUUGCUAGCUGGAAAUUGGUCCCAACUUUGUGCAACGUGCAAGAUUGUCAGGCCUCUGCGUGCGAAACAUUGUUCUACAUGUGAUCGUUGUGUGGAGCAAUUUGACCAUCAUUGUCCUUGGGUAUCUAAUUGUAUUGGCAAGAAAAAUAAAUGGGAUUUCUUUGCUUUUCUUGUUCUCGAAGUUUCUGCAAUGUUGGUUACUGGUGGAGUUUGUCUUACAAGAGUACUAACUGAUCCACUUGCUCCUUCUUCAUUUGGGUUAUGGAUUAAUUAUGUUGGUAAAAAUCACAUUGGUGCAAUAUCAUUUCUUAUUGCCGAUUUUUUCCUCUUCUUCGGAGUGUUUGCCUUGACAGUUGUUCAGGCUAGUCAGAUAUCACGCAAUAUUACAACAAACGAAAUGGCAAAUGCAAUGCGGUAUAGCUACCUCAGAGGUCCAGGUGGUAGAUUCAGAAACCCGUAUGAUCACGGCAUCAAGAAGAACUGUUCUGAUUUCUUGAUCAAUGGAUACAAUGAAGACUUGGAGUGUCUUGAAGAAUCAAGCAACUCAGAGGAGGGUAUAGGAAUGAUGCACAUGACAAGAAGCUCAAACAUAACAAACGGAGAGCCACAUUCUCAUUCUGAUUACGCAAAGGGCAAUGGAAAUAGUCAUGUUGUUAUUAAUGUGAAUUCAAACAGUAGCAACUCAAAAACACAUCAUGGGCAUAGUAAUGGUCAUGUUCAUUCUUCACAUUGUAGUCAUAGUAACCAAGGCAAAACCAGAAAUGACAGCAUUCCUGCCGGCUUAGGCCUUGGCCUUGGACGGAACACCAGAUCUGUUUCACCCCCAUCGUGA